AUUAUCGCUGUGCGAGGACCCCAUCACAAAACGACGACGUGAGAGAUCAGGCCAGCAAACAGACGUAACUGGGAUCAGCAAAACAAUCGCCAAAAUGUCGAACCCCCGCGUUGAAGAACUUCCCGACGAGGAGCCCAAGAAGACCACCGUCCAGGAGCACGAGGAUGACUCCAGCGACGACUCCGAGGUCGAGGAGGUCGGCGAGGGCCAGCUCCCCGCUGGUUCUACUGUGAUCCACAACCGCAACGAGAAGAAGGCUCGCAAGGCCCUCGAGAAGCUGCACCUCACCCGUAUCCCUGGCAUCACCCGUGUCACUCUCCGCCGACCCAAGAACAUCCUCUUCGUCAUCAACAACCCCGAGGUCUACAAGUCUCCCAACAGCAACACCUACAUUGUUUUCGGUGAGGCCAAGAUUGAGGAUGUGAACGCCGCUGCUCAACAAGCUGCUGCUGCUCAGCUCGCCUCCGCCAACGCUGAGGACCACUCUGGCCACAACCACGGUGAGCCCAGCAAGGCUGCCGAGACCGCCGAGGAGAAGAAGGACAAGGAGGAUGAGGAGGAGGAGGAGGAGGAUGACGACGAGGAGGUCGACGCUUCCGGACUCGAGGAUAAGGAUAUUGAGCUUGUCAUGACCCAGGCCAACGUCAGCCGCAACAAGGCCGUCAAGGCGUUGAAGGAGAACGACAACGAUAUCGUCAAUUCCAUCAUGGCUCUAAGUAUCUAAGCAUGAGCUUCUGCUGGACGAUCAUCCGAAAAAGCAUGUACAUGGGACGAACAUUGGGCUCUUGUAUUAGUUCUUGGCGAACUGUACCCUGCGGAAUGGAGUUGAUGCCAAAUAACGGAAACAAUUGAAGGGGAAUAACACCCAAAAAUCCGUCAAAGAAUGCUGUUGAAAUUUUGAUCAU